UUUCCGUUGCAACUCUCCACUCCACCGACGCCCGAAGAUGAUGUCUCAACGUUUCACCACUCGCUCGGCACAGCUGCUUCGCGCUCAACGCUUCGCUGCUCAUCGUCCCUACUCCUCUGGACCCAGCCCGUUUCAAGGCGCAGCCGACAAUGCAUUCAAUCGCGAGCGCUGGGCUGUCAAGCAGCAUGCUGCCCAAACCACCGAACUCUGGCGAAAGCUUUCUAUCUACGUUGCUCUUCCUCUCAUCGCGCUCGGAGUUGCCAACGCCUGGGUCCGAUGGAAGGCCCAUUGGGCGCAUUGGGACACCCUGCCCCCUCUAGAGGAGAGGACUGAAUACGCAUACCAAAACAUUCGGACUAAAAACUUCUUCUGGGGUAAUGGUGACAAGACACUUUUCUGGAACGACAAGGUCAACUACCACAAAAAGGACGAAUAAAUCAUUUGUCCAACAAUCACAAGGAUUAUCAGAAGAGAGCGAAUUGCACACUGUACAGAAAGGACGAUGUCAGAUAGUAGAUUCCUUUUGUUUAACCGUCAAUUGCGGAGAGUGACGAAUGCAAACUGUUUAUCAUCAUAACCCUACACGGAUACACAUAAGUCGAUGGUAACUUGCAGGUGCCUCGUCGCGCAUGAUAUAAAUGGCUCUGACUUGACGCCUGUAAUGGUCCAGCCUAGUGACCCUCCAAAGGUACUGAUUCAGAGACCUAGUCGACGAUAUUUUCCAUCUUUUCUUGAGCUGCGUUGUGUACCGAAAGGCACUGAGCAGCCCAAUCAUUCGCCAAAUUGUCGUCCCCCCGAACCCUUGCGAUGAUCGCCCUCUUCUUGAGCAUUUCGCAUUCACCGCGCCAGUCUUCAAUACG